CGCCACUUGUCUUGAUAUUUAUUGCGCAUUGAAAAAGAUCAUGUCAUAACACGAUGUAAUUGAGUUACAUGCACUUUAAAAAUGCUAUCUUUAAAAGUACCAGAGUUAUUCAUUGCAUUCGUUUUAUUCUCAAGGCUUUUACUAUCACAAGAUGCACCUGUAAGUAUCCCUUGCCUGUAUACCUGUUCCGCCAAGGUGUGUCCUUUCGGCUACUUACCAGUUGGUUGUCCCAGGUGUCAAUGUGCUCCUGAUCCUUGUCUGUUUACAAACUGUCCUGGGGGAUUUACGUGCUCAUCAAUUCCUUCAGAUUGUGGAUAUUCACAAUGUCCUCACAAAGCUGAGUGUUUUCUGAACACGACAGCUGGAGAGCAACCUUGUGGAUGUAGAUCUGAAUUUUCUCCCGUUUGUGGUGCGGAUGGAAAAACCUAUUCCAAUGACUGCAUACGAUAUUGCGUUGGGGUAUUAAAGAAGCAUGAUGGAUUUUGUCAUUGUAAAUGUACCCGUUUUUAUGACCCUGUUUGUGGAGCAGACGGAAAAACCUAUACAAACAAGUGUUUUCUACAGUGUAGGGAUAAAGAUAUGAAGAUGAAUUAUCUUUGUCCAUGUCAAUGUCCACUGACAAAGAAAAGUGUGUGUGGUGUAGACGGACAAACGUACAUCAAUGAAUGUGUUAUGAACUGUGCAGGCGUUCCCAAGAGACAAGAUGGAACCUGUGAAUGUUUGAUGAUGUGUAAUGCUAUUCCCAGACCAGUUUGUGGAAGCGAUUUUAUUACAUACAGAAACGACUGCUUUAGGAAUUGCGCGGGUGUAGGCCUUUCCUUGAGUGGUUCUUGCAGAAUGCUACAAAGAGAACGCAAAACUGGAACACAAUCACAAAUUAAUCGUCAGCUUUAAACUUUAGUAUUACUGUUGUAAGAAAAGAAAGACAACUCUUGUUUCAUUACUUCAUAUGAUAUCUUACUGGUUGUUUGAAUAUAUAAUGAUAUAAACAAGUGAAUGCAUGCCUUUUUUCCAAACGUAAAUUCUUACCUGUAUAUCUUAUAUAAAAUCUUACAAAUGUA